UUCUGUCUUCUUUUUAUUUCUAUUGUCCAUGUUCUCUUACCUUACCCUUUCUUGCAUUACUCCACUAUGAUUUUCUUUUAGUAUUAAACUGUGAAACCUAUUUCUUACUCAUUCUCUUUACCUUCAGACGUUCAUGCUGUUGCUGUUUCAGCUCAUUUCUCUUCAUAUUGUUUGCAUUAUGCGGUCUUUCUCCCUUGUAUUUGAUGUUUUCCUUUGUAGAAUACAUUUUUGUAUUCCUCAUUUUUUUGUAUCUCUCGCAUUCUUUCUCUUCCCCCGUCUCCUCCUGCCCCUGCUCGGGCUUCACAUUCACACGCCUCCUUUGUAAGAUCCAUUAUGUUCCCUAUUAACUCUUAUCAUAACGAUCUGCAAUUAUGCCUCCAUAGUUGUCAGAUGUAUUGAGUCCCGUUAUGGGAUGUUAACACCCCCCGCAUAGGGGUGUGUGUGUCCUUCCUCCUCUCUCUUCUAUGUUUCUGUGUUUAUGUGUGAAAUCUCUACACAUGUACAAAAAUACCUGUGUUCCCUGCCAACAUAUUGUUUGCAUCCUCAUAGAAAUAAGCUUGUCUCUAAAGUAUUUCCAAUCUGAAUAGGUUGGAAAUCGACCACUCUUUUAUUAUUACCCUGUUUAAAUGCUCGAUGCGUGUGUUUUGGACAGAGCGAGAGAAAAAGAGAGUUCUGUGAGUUUGUGAUCGAGAAAGGGAAAUGUGUGUGUGUGUGUGUUGUGUGUGUGUGUGUGUUGUGUGUGUUGUGCGGCCUGUGCUCUGCUUGCUCCUGUCUGUUCAAACUAUCUGCUCUUUCUCCUUGAAGCCUACUAGAAGCAUGAGGGUAAUCUGCCAGGAGACCUACAUCGAGAUCCAGACGGAGCACCUUCCUCAGCUGCUGCUGCGCAUGGUGGCGGCGCUGACCUGUCACCUGCAGGCUCUCGGCCUCGGGGAGCUCACCCACUGCCUUCGCCUCUGCUCAAAGAUCCUCAGCAAGGUGCAGCCCCCCCUGGUGUCCCCCCUGGCCCUGCCAUCGGGCCCCCAGGCACAGGGCCGCUCCUACUCCAACGGCAAUCGCUCUGACUCAAAGGACAAGAGCAGGGACAAGGAGGACAAACGG